GAAGAAGAAACACUCGCCGUGGAGAGUUGUUGACUUCCGGUGUGUGGUUGACUCUUCACGUGGAGAAAAAGCAGCGUUGACACGUUUCUCUGUGUGAACGGAGGAAAACACGCACGAGAACAUGACACAGUUGGACAGUGUAGUAAAGCCCAAGACAAAGCGCUCUAAGCGCUUCUUGGAGAGCAGAGCUCCAAAGCUGACUGAGGACGUGAAGACUGCCAUGAUCAUGAAAGGAGGGAACACCAGUGAGACGGUCACCAAGGCUCUCAAAGACAUACAUUCCCUGAAGAAGCCCAAUGCUGUGCUGUACAAAAAAAAGAACAUAACUCGACCGUUUGAAGACUCUACAUCACUGGAAUUUUUCUCUAAGAAGACGGACUGUUCUUUAUUUCUGUUUGGCUCUCACAACAAGAAGCGGCCCAACAACUUCAUAUUUGGUCGUCUCUUUGACUUCCACGUGCUCGAUAUGAUUGAACUUGGAAUUGAGAAGUUUGUUUCACUGAGUGAGAUAAAGGCAAAUAAGUUUCCCGAGGGGACGAAACCCAUGCUUGUGUUUGCGGGCGACGUCUUUGAUACAGACGCUGAACACAGACGUCUGAAGAGUCUCUUCAUCGACUUCUUCAGGGGCCCCACGGUGCCUGCAGUGCGUCUGGCAGGGUUAGAGCAUGUGCUGCACUUCACUGCACUGGACGGGAAGAUAUACAUGCGCAGCUACAAGUGUCUGCUGAAGAAGUCUGGGUGCAGGACCCCACGCAUCGAGCUGGAGGAGAUCGGGCCAUCGUUGGACUUUGUCCUCAGAAGAACACAUCUGUCUUCAGAUGACUUGUACAAGUUAGCUCAUAAGCAGCCCAAGGCCCUGAAGCCCAAGAAGAAGAAGAAUAUCUCCCAUGAUGCCUUUGGCACCAAGUUUGGCCGGGUGCACAUGCAGAAGCAGGAUCUGUCCAAGCUGCGCACACGCAAGAUGAAGGGACUGAGGAAGAGGAAGGGCGCGGCGGUGGCGGCAGAGGAAGGACAGGCUCCCAAAGUGGCUAAAGAAGAGAGCUGAUGAGAGGACACAAUGUCUCCUGCUGUGAUAAGGACUGAGCAUGUGAGUUACCAGCAGGCAGUCCUUUCUUCUCCUGGUCACAUGGUUUCUUUGUCGUCACGUGACAAAGAGGUCAGGUGACCGUCCACGUGUUCAAGAAAGAGUUCUCACAUUUCACUCAUUUCAGCAAAAUAAAACUGUUUGGUGUGUUUGAGUUUUCACUGCUGUGUUCACUGCUGGCUCUUACACCUGCUUAUGUUAUCCAUCAGUAACCAUGGAUACAACACGUAGCAGUAUAUCAACCACAUGUCAUAGAAGGAAAUAAUGUCACAUUCAUUUAAUAAAGGUGCAGUAUGUUAAA